AUGGAUGGAUGGGGAAGUGCCCCAUUCGUCGUGUGGACCUGUGUGCGCAAUCUCAAAGUUCACACCGUAUCCGGGACAUUCCACCCGGUAGGGGAGCGUGUUCAGAGCGCCUCGACAGAGCGUUGUACACUCCGAGUCGUGACCAACUCAUUGUCUCACCCCCUCCACCACCACCACCAGCACCAGAGAGAAGAGAGAGAGAUGGGCGUCCUUUCGUCGACCGACACAUACAUACACACGCGCACAGACAGAAACUGGGGGAAGAGGAGCAUGUGA